AUGACGGACGAGGUAAUCCUUCUGAAUUUCUGGCCUAGCAUGUUCGGUGUGAGGACGAUGAUCGCGUUGAAAGAGAAAGGAGUGAAGUAUGAGUAUAGAGAAGAGAAUUUGUUCAAUGGCAAGAGUCCCUUGCUUCUUGAAAUGAAUCCGAUUUACAAGAAGAUCCCGGUUCUCAUCCACAAUGGUAAACCGGUCUGUGAAUCUAUCAUACAAGUCCAGUACAUCGACCAGGUCUGGUCCGACAAGAACCAGCUCCUCUCUUCUGAUCCUUACCAGAGAGCUCAAGCCUUCUUUUGGGCUGAUUUCAUUGACAAGAAGUUGUAUGUUUGUGGGAGAAAAACUUGGGCAACAAAAGGUGAGGAACUAGAAGAAGCCAAGAAGGAAUUUAUUGAAAUACUCAAGACUCUUCAAUCCGAGCUUGGAGAUAAACCUUACUUUGGCGGCGAUAAAUUCGGGUUUUUAGACAUUGCCUUGGUUGGCUACUACAGUUGGUUACCAGCAUACCAGAAGUAUGGUAACUUCAGCAUCGAACCAGAGUGUUCGAAACUAAUGGCUUGGGGAAAAAGGUGUAUGGAGAGAGAGAGUGUGGCUAAGUCCUUGCCUGACUCUGAGAAAGUUGUUGGAUUCGUUUUGCAGCUUAAGAAGUUAUAUGGGAUUGAGUAA